GCAUCCCUUCCCUUCUUUUCCUCCCUGCAGAUCUUCUAUUUGAACCCUCGUUACAUUAUGUUCAUCCACCUGGUGGUAAAUGACAUGCUGCAGCUGGCUCUGUCGACUCUUCUCCACAUCCUCGGUUACGCCCUGUACACUAUCAGCGUUCCCUUCUGCCUCAUCCUUUUGACCUUUGCCAUCAUUACGACUUUUAACACCCCUAUAAAUCUGGCUGGUAUGGCAGUGGAGUGCUAUAUAGCCGUGUGCAUCCCCCUCCGUCAUAGUCAGAUCUGUACUGUUAAAAAAACGUACAUCCUACUGAGUUUGAUCUGGGCUGUGAGUGCCUUGUCCAUCCUACCCGACCUAUUCGUCUUGCUAGCCACAGAGCCUUUGCAGUUCUUUCACUCUAAAGUUUACUGUGCCAGAGAUUAUGUGUUCACAAGCACCUACAGUGUCCAGAAGAGGGAUGCAUCCCACAUUAUCUGCCUUAUCCUGGUGUGGCUCAUACUCCACUAUGCUUACUUCAGGAUUUUGUUUGCUGCCAAGGGAGCAUCAGCACACAUUAAAAAAGCCAGAAACACCCUUCUGCUCCAUGGUUUCCAGUUGUUCUUAUGUAUGUUCAUUUAUGCCAGACCCUUAUUUGAACAAUGUCUGCUUUAUUUCUGGCCCAGUGAGAACUCGUCUGUGCGCUUUGCUUCCUUUGUCAUUAUUCAGAUCAUGCCACGGCUGGUCAGUCCCAUUGUUUAUGGAGUGCGGGACCAGUGCUUCAGGAGACAUAUGAGAAGGUACCUUGUUUGUAAUGUGAGCAAGAAGCCAGAAAAUGUUCCCAUGUGA